UUUUUGCACGUUCGCUCGCUCGCUCGCUCGGUCACUUGUUUGUCUGUCCGGUUAUUCGUUUCGUUUUUGUAUUAAUUUUUUGUGUUCAUAUCGUUCGUAGUUCUUCUUCGUUAGCAAAAGAUUCCUAUAGUUUCUUAUUUGUUGUUUUUUUUACGUAUAGUUGCUGUUGCUGUUGUUGUUAGUUAGUUACCAAUUGCAUUUACUUUUGCGUACUUUGUUUUUGUUAUUAUUGCUUCCGAUUUGUAUACUUGCAUUUGCAUUGUUCAUUCAUUUCGGCAAACGGACUGCGACGGAACUCGUCGCGGGGUACGUGGGAAGCGCGUUACGGGUUCUGUCGAAUAAGCAAUUGAUUCCGUCGUCACAUCGCCUUCACUGGCAGGAGCUGCUGCUGCUGCACUAUACGUUUUGAUCGGUAAAUGGCUGAAACUAUAAGUGCCGCCGGCGCUAUGGAGAUGACAUUAAAGGAUAGCGGGAUCAUCGAUAUGACUCCCGCUAGUUUGUUGCAGCACAAUGCGUUGGUCAAGCACUCGCAUGCACUGCGUAGCUUAAAAGAAUGCAGCCCCGAUGAGCAGCCAGUCGCAUUAGAUUCUACAGCGCGCGCAAAUAGUACUCCGCCAACUAAUUACUCCACAUCCACACCUACUCCGACUCCGCCCGCCAUGGCGACGUUUCGCUGCGAUCGUUGUGAUAAUUUUGAAACAACUUCAAGGGCAUCACUGCUACUGCAUGUCGUUCAAUGUUUGUCCAAUCAUACGCGCCUCAAAACCGAAGAGCCGGAAUUGGAGAAUCUGUGCGUCGGCGGUGCGGUGUCCCACGCAGACCACAAUUCGGGCAACAGCAGCGACGCAUCCAAAUUGGUUCCAGAUACGGCAACACCAAACAAUGUGCCUACAAAUAUGUCGGUGAUCGCUACCAACGGCAAUGCUAGCAGUCCAACGGCGUCGUCGUCCUCGUCGUCGUCAUCUCGCAAAGUCUUCGAAUGUGACGUUUGCAAUAUGAAAUUUUCAAAUGGCGCCAAUAUGCGACGACACAAGAUGCGUCACACUGGCGUCAAACCAUACGAAUGCCGUGUUUGCCAAAAGAGAUUUUUCCGCAAAGACCAUUUGGCGGAGCACUUUACGACGCACACGAAAACACUUCCAUACCACUGUCCCAUAUGUAAUCGUGGCUUCCAGCGACAAAUCGCUAUGCGCGCUCAUUUCCAGAACGAACAUGUGGGCCAACACGACCUCGUUAAAACCUGUCCAUUGUGCAGCUAUAGAGCAGGAUCGAUGAAAUCUUUGAGAAUUCAUUUCUUUAACAGACAUGGCAUAGAUCUUGACAACCCCGGACCGGGUGGCUCCUCAUCAUUGCUGCUUGCUUUGGAAUCGCAGGCAUCACAAGUAGCAGCUGCAGCAGCCGCUGCCAGUUUCGUGCCGGGCUUGAAUGCGGUAGCUGCUGCUGCUGCUGCGGCCAGCCAGAAUGCCAACUCGAGCAUGACGACCCAUCAAAGUGAUAGCGGUGAAUCGAUGCGUUCGCUGGAGAAUACCACACCGCCAAUGCAUUUUUUGACGCCGCAUGUGGAAAUUUCAACCCUUUCAGAAAACGGCACCGAUUUGUUCAAUGUAACAUGGAAUGCGUUGCUAAAUUGCAAAUUUGGGAAAUCAACUGAUGCGGCGUUUUUGUGUGCAUUUGAUUUGCAGGGGAAUGCCAAUGCGUCAACCGGAGUGGAACCGAUGGAGACGAAGAGUAGCGGUCGAGGGGGAGAGCGGGACACAAUCACCGGAAGCAAGUCACCAGCGCUACAACCACCUCAGGAACAUCCGAUCGAUUGUAAUACCAAAUCGUUGCCUUCGAGCACCAGUCAUGUCGGUGUGCAGUUGAAUGCUUGCGCUUCACCAAAAACCCAUCAUCACGAGAAUCACAUCACGCCAUCCAUCAGUUUGAUACCAAUCAAGCAGGCGAGUGAACCACUAGGUGAGGAUUUGUCAACCGAUGCAAAUAAGAGUGGCCACAAAAUCGGUCCAUCAACACAUACCGAGCAAAUGAAUGGCGGCGACAACAGUGAAUCGGAAUUCUCAUCGCCGAAUAGCAGAUUAACUUCACUAAUUAAGGUCUCGCCACUGAAAUCCUUGCUAAGGGAGGACCUCAAACGACGAAUUUGCGCCAAGGCCAACAAUCGCAUCACCCGCAAUGCGGCUGUGUUGGACAACAACAAUGUUGUGCAAGUUAGUGGCGUUGGCGCCACAGCAAACAGCAACUCAUCCUGCAAUUCCACUCCCAUUUGCAACGGCACGAUCACCUCUACCGGCCAAGAAACCGAAUCGAAUCUGCUUAAUCGAAAGCAAAUACUCACUUGUUUAUUCUGCGGCAUCGAGUUCCCGGACGAAACGCUAUACUUCCUGCACAAGGGCUGUCACUGCGAAAGCAAUCCGUGGAAGUGCAAUAUUUGUGGCGAACAGUGCAACAACGUCUAUGAAUUUAAUUCGCAUCUAUUGAGCAAAAGCCAUCAAUAGCAACCAAUGAGCCUUAGAACCACGAGCAAUAUCAACAAUCAAAAAUAGAUAACGGCAAACGUUUCAGGGAUGUUUGUGUACGCACGAAGGGCAGGCUAAAGCAUGUGCGACAUGCAUUUUAAAGCGAUACAAAUAACCUACAUUUUAAAGCAAUUAUUGGAAGGAGCAGAACUUCGGGCAUAUGUACAAAUGUAUAUACACACACAUGCGCACAUGCAUAUGUAUGUGUGAAGUGAGAUCGUUUUGUUUUAUUUUUUAAAUGAAAA